AUGUGUCGGCUGUCUCCUCAGACGCCCUCUUCCUGGAGAGGCGAAGACGCGAGUGGCGACAAGAGACAGGAUGAACGGGGCGACGGCGACCGAGAAGAAAGGAAACAGCAAACGCUCCACUUCCUUGAUGCAUCGAUCGCGUCCUUGUGCGCCCUACUCAACUUCCGCUUCUCGGUUUUCUGGAGCUACGUUCGUCACUUUGCCCCUCUCCGGGUGUACAUACACUCCUUCCUGUCCAAUGCGGCGAGACCUCACGAUCUGCCAACUUCGCUCCCCCGAAGUGUUUCCGGUCUCCCCGACGAGGCAGGGGAAGAACAGUCGAGAAAAGAGGAGAAAGUCGACGCGCUGCGCCACCUGACCCUCCUGGUGUGGCAUCGUCUCGCUCAGCGAUCUUGCAGCCGCACGGGCGCGUGCCUCUCUCCCGCCCUUUUUGCAGAGCUUCUUCUCGCCCCGUCGCCAGAAAGCCCCAAAGAGACAGGCAGCCGCCGAUUCGAGGACGAGCACCGGCCUCUGGUGUCUGUACAGCGGCUCAUCGACCUUGCUGCGGUGUGCGAGGCCACAGACCGCAAGCUGGUGCGUGAAACAGUGCAGAGUUUCUGGGGGAACUUCGGCGACCGAUGGGAGAAAGCUGACCUCGCAAGCCUGCGAAACAAAGCUCUCGAAGGAAUCAACGAAAAGAGAGAAACACUCAACGCGCUAGCCUCAGAAGACUGUCCAGUCCUCCUCCAACGAUUUCCCUCGAGCGGCGGCGAGUGGCAGAACGGAGACUCACGCAACCGCGUCUGGAGAGCAAUGAGAGGGGAGGAAGACGCCAGUGCGUCGAGCGACUUGUUGGAGGUUUUGGCAAGCACCUACGCGCUCUUGAUUUCAGCGCCGUGGUUCAACGUGUGGAACUCGCCCGCGUCGUCUCCGUUCCUCCGCCUCGCCCUCGGCCGCGCCCGCCAGCUGUUCUGCGCCUGUCUCCUGUCUGGGGCAGCGGCGGUCUGGGGUUUUCUCCCUCUUCUGCGCGAAAGCCUCGAAGGCGAAGAACGAGAAGAGGAAGAAGAGGAAGAAGAAGAGGAAGAGGACGAAGAAGAGGAGGGGCGGCGAAGAACUAGGCGAUUGCGGGGGGAUGUGGAAGAGGAGCACGGCAAGCGCGGCGGUGGGACUCACCCUUCGCGGUUGGGACAGACGAAUCGGUCGCAGGCGUCUCUCUUGGAGGCCUUCGAGAGCUUCACCUGCUGGGCUCUCUCCUUCCACGAGGUUUGUCAGGCGGCCAGCGAGACUCUUUCCGGCCCAGCGAGGGACAUGCGGCGCGCCGGGCUCCGGCGCCUCCUCGCCGCCUGGCGGCGGGCGAUCCCGACGCUCGGCGAAGAGCGCGUACAGCACGUGGAGGCGGCGCUGUGCCCGGGCCAUCUCGCGCAAGAGCCUCCUCCUUGUUCCCUUGCGUCUCUCCCAGGAGUUGCAGAAAAGGGACGGGAGCCCGAGAAGAGGGCGAGCGAUACGAGAGCGGAGCCCAGGCUCCACGACGAGGACGCAGAGAAAGUCGAAGUGAUUCGUGCGGUUCUCGCAGAGAACUUCGGCCCAGGCUUCGUUUACCUCGCGCUCCUGUUUUGUCGAGGCAACGCAGACGAGGCUCUGCAUCUUCUCCUCAGCCGCUCGCUGCCGCCUCUUCUCCAGCAUGUGGAUCCCACGCUCGACUUACAAGGAGCCGCUCUCUUCCUCGCUGAGAGAGAAGGUGCGAAGCAGAACGAAGGGGACCGCGGAGCCGAGGGGGCGACGGAGAUGUUGUGCCGGGAUGAGGAGGUGAAUGCGCGCGUCCUGGCAAUCGUGGAUGAACGGGAGAGAGCGAAACAAGACCGGACUCAAGCCGCCCUCAUUGAGAAGUACAAACGCCUCGCUGAAGAAGGCGUUCUCGGCAACUCAGACGAAUCGGAUAGCGAGUUCUCGGACCUCCAAGAGUUUCCCGACUCGUCAGACUCUUCUGAAGAGGAAGACGGUGACGACGCUGAAACAGAUCAGACAGGCGUUGCCACCGGAGACACAGGCGGACGGGGCGCGCGGGGCGGCGACGAGCAGUCCGAAGGCAUCCCAGCGGGAGGCCCGAGCCGCGGGAGAGGCGCCCGACGGGGCGCGCCAGUGGCGGGUCAGACGCUUCAGGCAAGGAGGAAAGAGGAGAACAAAGCGCGGUACGGCAACCACUCCAGAAAACGCGGACACCUCGCCAAAAUGCGACGAGGCAUGAUCUGA